AUGUCGUCCGAGAAGUUCGAAGAUCUCGAAGAGGACCUCAGGGCCCUUCUCGACGACAUCAAGCACAAGUUGGACGGGACCCACUAUCGCCUUCAAAGCGGCGAAAGCAAGAAAACCCAGCUACGCGAAGUACAGCGUAAACUGGACCAGGCCAACGGCGUCCUCCAAGAACUCCAGGCCGAAGCCCGCUCGGCGCCCAACGCGUACCGUAUCCAGAUGAACGCCAAGACCCGCAAGUACCGGGCUGAACUCCACGACGUCAACAAGGCGGUUGUCACACUGGCAACCAGCAUUAACGCCAGCGGCGCGAGGCAGGAACUCCUGAGUCCUUCAACCGUCAUCGGUGACUUUGGGAACGAUCCUCAGCGAAGUCGGCUGCUUCAGAUGAACGAAACCUUGGGCAGGACCACCGAUACCCUCGCGCGAACGCUUCAAGUCGCUGCCGAGACCGAUCAAGUCGGGGUUGCAGUUUCCGAAGAGCUGCGCACGCAGCGCGAGUCUCUAGUCCGGUCCAAAGAGCGGCUCAAAGAGACCGAUCAGAUCUUGACGACGAGUCGCAAGAUACUGCGCACCAUGUACAGACGCGUGAUCACCAACAAACUCAUUCUGAUCUUGAUCAUCAUCAUGGAAAUUAUCAUCUUGGGUGGCAUCGUGUACUGGAAGUUUUUUUAUCAAAAAGUUAUUUGGCGAUGGUGA